UUUGAAGGGCGUGGUCCAAAACAUUUUCUGGGGACUUCACUCCAGACCCCCUCACUACUCCGGCCCUGGGUACGCCACUGUUCGUAAUGCUUCGACUGAGCAUGCGCAAAAAAGUCAGAAUUGUUGCUGUUAGUCUUAAAACACGGCUGUAUAAAGAAUUUCAGGGCCCUGCAAAGUUCGUUUCCAAAAUAUUUCCAAAAUAGAAUAUUUCCAAUUAUCCUAAAAGAGACUGACAAAUAAGACACAUGUUUGAUUUUUAGCUGACUUCCAUUCUAACAUAACAUAAGAUUGCAAAAAACUUUUUCCAAUCAAAUAUGUUGAAGUUUGAUGCAAGAAAACUUUCCGGAAACCUCUAAAAACAGCAUCUCGUGUACCAUAUUUCCUAAGACCAAGAAAUUGAAUUAAAACAAUGUGCUCUAUCAUACGGUAUAUCUGUAUCUAAAACAUACAUUUAUAUACAAAAAUUCAGGUAAAUUAUUUAAUUAGUCAGUUAUUACACACUGUGCUGCAAAUACAUUCAUUAGAUUAUAGCAUGUAUGGGACAAUGAAAAGGGCUUGCGAGGUGGGGGGUGAGGGGUGGUGGGGGCGGGGAGUUUGGAGGGAUUUUUCAAAAAAGCUUUAGCUUUGCGUAAGUUUAAUUGGCAAGGAUUGUAGCUCUGUCUUUUUGUUUGUGUAAUAGACCUGUCCACACGUGCAUAUAUUAAUGACCACACGUCCAAUGAUAGGGAAAUUCCCUUUUCCAACUAAAUAAUGACACAACUCUGGUCAUUUACACAGCUGCUGUUAAGAAAUACAAUGAUCAGAAUUUUAAAAUAACCAACUGCAACUAUGAACUUAUCAAGAAGAUUUGUGGCUCUAGCAAUACCAAUGCGUGGAAGUUAUCGAAUAAAGGAAGAUCUAGAACAGAUGUAAAAAAUAUCAGAAGAAGGAGGGGAGUUGCUAUUUGAUACUUAAAACGCAAAAAAACUGUUACGGCUCUUACUUCUUACAGCAUCUGGGGAAUGAAAUUAGGCUCUUGAGAUAAACAAAUUUUCAUAGAUAUGACUCUGACGUCAAACUUGAGUUGUGAAAGUAUUAAAAUAACUAUCAACCGUAAAUCGAUAACAUCAAAGGCAAUGCUCCAAAAAAUUAAAGAAAACUUCUACUGAAGUUUACGAGAUACUGCAAAAAUUGGUUUAAUUUACACGAGGUAUCCCUUCAUCUAGACCCUGUCUUCGAACGGCCAGUAUGAAUAUUUUAGCACAUUUAGAACCCAUAAAUUACAUUUGAUAACUAACUUUAAUCUACAAUGUAUUCACAAUAAGUUAUUAAAAUUCAAAAGUCGAAUACUCAAGAAAACACAUUCAAGCUUUCGGAAUAGCAACUUUCAGUUUCUUUUCAACUCGGCCUCCAAAAUUAUUCCCCAUGUUUCUACAUCAAUAACAGUGAUAACAUUUCUGCAAGCAAGUUCAUCGAAAGUUUCGAAGUUGCUAAAUCUUCCUUUUAUCCAGCUUCGAAUGCAUCCUUUCACUCCAAAGUUAUUCAAAAACACAUUUUUCCAAGUUAAUCCUUUUGCAAGGUCCUCCUGGAUGUCUUCCUCGUCGAAAUGUUGACAAAGUCUCUUCCAAAUUACGCUAUCGUUGUCAAUAAAGUUUAGCCAUUUCUUACUCGUUAAUAGCGAGGAAUAUAUUUCAUCAGCAGCCAGAUUUGCGAAGAUCAUUUCUGUAACUUCAGGAGGCAGAAUUUGCACAAAAUCGCUUGGAAAAGUAUCCAUUCUGUGUCCAACAGCGAGCCAGAGACUAACAAUUUGUACUUCAAAUAGGUGCUUGUUUUCGUGUGAUGGCCUAAGUGCUUUGACACGAUAUCCUUUUCUUUCCUCUCUUAACUUUACAGUAAAAUAUUCUGGUUAUGAUCCUCAGUUUUUGGUCUUAUGUUUCGAGUAGCAAAGGGAAAUUCCCCUCGCUUUCUUGCUUACCAGAAACAAAAUAUUACCAUUCUGUCAAGUAGGCUGGUAUAUCAGCUGAUUUUGUUGUAAACAAAAGGCCUCUCCUUUUUUAUUUCUUCGGAAAAGGACUAGGCUCUACUUCCUCACCAAUCAAGUCUCCAACAGCAACAACGAUUCAACAACAGCAACAGUGUUGUCACAUGUUGGGUAAUGGCGGAGAUUAAAGAGUACAAUUUUCCCUUCGACAGUUCGUUUUUCCAAGAAAUUAGUGGAGAAAGGAAACCUGUAGUUUUAAGAAAGCUAGAAAUUGGAGCAGCAUGCAAAAAAUGGACACCAGAAUAUCUUGCAUCUGCUAUUGGCUCAACCCCAGUGAAGAUUCAUGUAUGUCCUGUUCCCCAAAUGGAUUUUUUGACAAAAAACUUCCAGUACAAGACAAUGCCAUUCGAUGAUUUUAUUAAAAGAGUAAGCAAGCAGCAGCAAGACAAUUUCUUCAUCUCUCCAGACGAAAAAUAUUACUUAAGAUCAAUUGCCUCUUCAGAUCCAAGAAAGUGCGUUGCUGACAUAAAUAAAGAUUUCCCACAGAUUAGUAUGGAUGUGAAAGCUCCAGAAUUUAUUCCUUUGGAGAAGUUUUUUUCAAGUGUCUUUAGGAUAGGAUCAGCAAACAUGCAGCUGUGGACGCAUUAUGAUGUUAUGGACAAUGUGCUUAUACAAAUUUCAGGAAGGAAAAGGGUGGUAUUAUUCAAUCCACAAGAUGCAUUAAACCUUUAUUUGAAGGGAGAUAAAUCAGAAGUAAUUGAUAUUGAUAAGCCAGACUUGGAAAAAUACCCUAAAUUUCUGAAUGCUGAGAGAUAUGAAUGCGUUUUACAACCAGGUGAUGGAAUAUUCAUUCCUGCCAUGUGGUUCCACAAUGUCAUUGCACUGGAUUUCAGUAUAGCAAUAAACAUGUUUUAUAAGCAUAUAGAAGAUAAUUUAUAUGAUCAAAAGGAUGUUUAUGGAAACAAGGACCCAAUACCAGCUUCACGUGCAGCUCAAAUGGUUGAUAAAGCUGUUAGCAUGUUAAAUGAGCUCCCACCUGAAUACAGAGAUUUUUAUUCAAGAAUAUUGAUUUCGAAAAUUGAAAGCAAAUGUUUUCUGAAAGAGAAUUCUUCAAAUGGUGUUAAGUGAUUUUGAAGAUAUUGUGAAUGAAGGAGACAGAUCCCAUCACUGGAUAUUGGAAAUAAUUGGCACAUGUUACAUGAAGCCUCCAUUCACCAGCUGAAUAUUCAUGAAUCUAGCUGUGAUGUAUGAGAAUGCUAUGCAGUUGACAUUUUAUCAUUUUAAGUGGCAAGUAUCAAAUAAAAUUUGAAAGCAGAAACCUUAAAAACAGUAAUUCUUAGAGCAUUUUCUUUCUAUUUUGGUUUUUGAUCCAAAAGUUUAAAUUUUACUGUGAGCAAAGCAAAGCUUAUUGAAAUGUGUAUUUAUCUUCAUAGUAACAUAAAACUUUAAAUCCCUGAAAAAGUGACUUGACUGUCAAUAUGUUUUUUGGUUAAUGUUAUUUAUCAAUCCAUUAUUUUAACAAACAAAGAUAUAAGGAGUUUUUAUUUGUGUAGAAGAAGUUUUUUCAUGUACUAACAUGUGACAAACUAAACAUAUCAAAGAUAAAAGAUACAAUCCUGAUACAAACUGUUUUUUUUAUUCUUUCAAAAUAAUGUUUUCAGGAUUCGAAUUUAUGAUGAUUGCAUUGUGAUGGGAAUACUAUCCACAAGAAAAUAAAAUGUUUUGGAUAGAAGCUUUUACGCUUGUGUAAUGUACCAACUAGUAUAAGUGUAUGUCUUGCCCUACCAGUGGCUGAUUUAUGGUGGGAACAAGAGGCAGUUGCCUCCCCCCUGACCAAUAAGAAUUGAGUUCAGAGGGUUGUGAAAGUGGUGGGGGGACAGUGUAUUUGAAUUCAAGGGUUGCUGAGGUUGCAAACCAAGAAAGGCCCUUUAAUUUUAUUUAAUUUCAUUUACUUUAAUGUGAAUCAAGUUUUUAUAAAAAGUAAACAUCCACGAUAGAUAGACCAAAUGGUUAACACCUAUUUAAAAUUAAUCAAUAUAUUUUUAAAAUUGCUCAGGGAAGAUGCCCUGACUGCUCAUCAAAGAUACGACACUUCUAAAAAAUUAUAGAUCGCAUACUUAUUGAUGGCAUGCGCUAAGAUCAGUGGUCUGUUCUCUUGUUCUCAAUGUUCUCUUGUUGCAAUUUUAAAGCGAAACGGACAAUUAGUCUAGGAAAAUGUUUACAAAUAGAAAGAAGAUAUUUUUUGAUAAAAUGUAUUUGAUAAAUUACAACUGAGAGAGGAAGAUCGAUCCAGUUUCAUUGGUAACCUAUAGGACAGAGCCCUGUAGAUAGGUAGGCUACUAAAGCUUGGUGGAUUAUAAACAAAGUUCAAUUUACAAUUUAUCGAAUACAAGAUACGUUAAUGAAAGAUGCAAAGUUGAGAUUGAACGAUUCAAAUGCUCUAACAAAAUUUGUAAGAAGUUGCCAAGGAAACUAAAAGAACACAAGCAGGGCGAGCCAGCUGAGGCCCAGGGGUGAUUAGCAAAACAGGACCCCCUUAAGAAAAUUUCCUGUGGCCACGUCCUUCAGUUUCCCGAAUUAUUCGAGAAAUGCCCUUUUUAGUUACAAUUAUUGAACAAGUUUUUUUAAGGGUUUUUACAAGAAUGUGCUAAAACAUUUUACAUGAAUCAAGGACAUGUGGACAUUUCUCUGCGAUAAACUUACUGGCGUUUGUUCAAUAUGAGUAGCUGAAAUAGAAGCUUUUUUGCAUUAUAAAUAGAUCUUAUUACUUUAUUACGGGCCCCAUCGGAGAACAGGCCCCAGACAUUUUACCCCUCCUAACCCUCCUCUCGACGCCUCUGAACACAAGUGGCUCGGUAAGUCAACAUGUCAUUGUUACCCAGGGUAUGUCAUUAUGAGGUACUUAACAGCUCAUACUACAUUUGUUCUGACAAAAUAAAUGGCCCCCACACCAUAAUACACAUGCAUAGGUCUCUUACAAGAUGUUCAUCAACUGUUCACUGUUUUUCCAUUCAGGCUAUUGUCACCCCUGCGACCAUGUUGCUAAUGCUACCGUUCAGGAAAUAUAACUCUGUUGAUGCAAAUUCAAAUUCUUAUGACGAAAGUAGAUGGCUCACACUAUUGUACACAUUCACUUGUCUUAAUGUUUCCUUCACAAGUCUUCGAUGUUUUCAUUUUAAGCCAUUGUCACCUCUGCAUCCAUGAUGUAGAAUUGAUUCAUUAUUCUGCCUAUGCUACUGUUUCGAAAAGAUAAUUUAACCUUUGAACCUUGGUUAUUUGCAUCAAGAUAGGGCGUGGCCCUGAUUGCAGGCCGCACCCUUUACCGCCGCCUCUUUUCUUUUGCAAAUCUGCCAUUGAAAGUUUUAUCUCUGGAUCCGCACCAAAAUUCCGAAGAUGGAUCAUGUUUUGCUUGACAAAUCACGCAAAUCAAGCGAAAGAGGCUAUCCAUCAAGUUGUAUUAUUUAAUCCCUGCCUUCAUUCAGACAGUGUUCAAUUUCUUGCGCUUAAAAAUCUUCCUAUCUUCAUAUCAUAAUGAAACCAAAAAGGACUAUGGAGGAUAAAUUUGGUAGAAUGAUUGUCCCUUGUGCUUCGGAUCCUUGGUUCUCAAUCGAUAUUCUAAAUAUAACAGACCCAUUUUCCGGCUAUCCCUAGAAUGUGACAGUUGCAAAAUUUGUUAGUGUCGGGGUGCCGCAAACCAUGGUGGUGGCCUUCACCAAAUCCCUGAACAGGCAAUUUUGCCUUAUGCAACUAUAACGCCCUAAUACUGAUAGGUGCAUCAGGUGCUAAUGCUGUCUAUGCAGCCAUACUCCCAUUGAAUAUUAAACCAAAAUUGGAAAAGGCAAACUUUCUGGGCCCCCAAAGUCAAAUUUCCCUGUAAGGAAAUGCACUCCAGCCCAUCCCGGGUGUAGAGUACUCUAUUUGCAGUUUCAGCCGCUAUGUCAGAGCAGCGAAUGUUCAGACGCCAAAUAUAUCUACAAUAUUAAAGGGGAAACUAUCAUAAGAUACCUCAGAGUGUGUAUUGUUGCUUUGACACAAUUAUUGUGAAAAUUGUCUUAGAACGUGAAUAGAGAGCCCUCUGUCUGUAGUUACGGUCGGAAAUGGUUGUAUUCAGCGUACUCUACAAAUUUCUGAAAAUUUUUUAGAGCCCCCACUACCUACUUGUUGUGUUGUGGAUUCCCCCCAUUGUCCCACAAAUCAUAUAUCGAUUUACGGGUGCGCUUUUGCACAUUCGAGUGAUGGGCGUGGUUCCGAAUUAAAAUGUUUUUCAAAGAUCUCCUUUGCAGCAGGGAUUGUUUGCAAAUAGUCAAUUGUUUGCGUUUGAAAGGCAUUAACGAGGAAAGGCCAUGCUUGAUUUGUCUUUUUGCAAUAUUUCGGAUACAGUUUUUGCUGUUUUUCAAGAAUGCUGAAGUAGUGAGAGGGGGGGGGGGCAGAUUUUCCUACAACAAUUUUUCACAAAAUUCGAACGGUUUUAUCGGCCCUUCGUUUUUUCCUUUCGAAAACACAUCUGUCGAGUCGUUGUUAGAUCUAGCAGCCAAACUUUGAUUCACCAGAAGAAAUCAAGCUUCUGAUUUGAAGAUAGUAUUUCUGUAUUUCUUUGGAUUCACCAAUCCAUUUCAUGUUGUGAUUACGAGGUUGGUCUGUUUGGUACCAGUGAUCACGUGGGCCAGAGGAAAUCAUCUGGAACAAAAACUCUUCCUAUUUAGCAACGUAAUCAAGAAAGGCCUAAAUUAACGAGAGAAAAGAGAAGUCAAGUUUGUAGGAAGGAGAAAGAGCGAGAGUUCAGCCAUGCGACAGCUAAAAGGAAAAGUAGCCAAAGAAACGAGCAGGAUGAAACGUAAAAGAAAGCAGGAGAACAUGCAGACGAAGAGGAAUUCACUAUUUAUUGUUAUACCAACACUUGUUGUCGUGGCUCUUUUGAUUAUAACAUACGUGUAUGUAAACACCAACAAGAAGAAGAUUGAACUUUGAAUGGGAAAGUUAACCGUUAUCACAUCGUCUAUGAUCUUUAAAGAAACAAACUACGCUGAUCUGGCAUGUUGCCCCUCAAAGAACACUGUCUAAUUUACCAAUACGACAUCCGCUUUCUCUUGGUUAUUCAACGAAGAAGUUACUUCACCCUCGAUGUACAAAAGACUUGAAUUUUGUCAAUUUAGAUACGCAUCUGCACCUUAUUAUGAAAUAAUUUUCUGUGAGGAAAAUUGAUAUGGGACACCCUUGUUUUAUUUUUGCUGUCUGUACCAUAUUUCUGGUAUUUUAUUCACGAAAACGCUGACUACAUA